UUGACCAUUGAGCGGCAACACUAACAUUUUCCUUUUUACAUUUUCAUUUGUGAGAGUGAAGUUUUAAUUGUGAAAAACUGACUGUUGAAAACAUUGACAAACAAUUAUCAUUGUUUUUUACAGUGCUGGUUUUAACGUGGUCCUUAUCGCAAGGUGUAAUAUAAUCUUUUUGAUAGUUAUAUAAAAAGGCAACGGGAUUCAUUCUUGCCAAUAUUCUUAUCAGAUUUAAGGUUUACUGUUGUCGUGUUGAACCGGUCAUAAUUAUUUCCUUCAUCGCUCUUUUUUGUUUAUUUUUAUUAUAAUUUAUGUUAAUUAUUCAAUGCUUGCUCGAAUUGUUAAUGCUUUGCCAUCUGGGCUAUCGAACCAAUUAACAAAGCUUUAUUUUCGAGCUUUGGUCCGCAACCAGCGUGAAGCCCACAGUAAACAAGAACAGCACCAAUUUAAAAAAAUGGAUGUGAAGAUCCUGCCCGCACUUCAGGACAAUUACAUGUACCUUAUUAUAGACAAGGCAACUAAAGAGGCAGCUGUUGUCGACCCUGUAGAACCACAGACUGUGUUGCAUGAGGUCAUGACCCAAGGACUCAAUCUUACAACUGUGUUGACUACACACCAUCAUUGGGACCAUGCGGGUGGCAAUGAAGAUUUGGUAAGACUAAUACCAGGACUCAAUGUUUACGGCGGGGACAAAAGGAUUGGAGCUCUUAAUCACAUGGUCCAGCAUGACCAUAGGUUCAACAUCGGCAAUUUAAAUGUAAGGUGUUUAUACACACCUUGCCACACUUCCGGCCAUAUUUGUUACUUUGUCACCGCUCCAGGAGAAGGCAAUGAAGCAGCCGUUUUCACAGGUGACACUUUAUUCCUUGGUGGCUGUGGGCGGUUCUUCGAAGGCACUGCAGAACAAAUGUACCAGUCUCUAAUAGAUGUACUCAGCUGCCUCCCCGACCACACGAAAGUGUUCUGUGGUCAUGAGUAUACUUUGCAGAACUUGAAAUUUGCAGCUCAUGUUGAGCCUGAGAAUGAAGUUAUUGCAAAGAAGAUUAGCUGGUCACUGGAGAGACGGAAUUUGGGGUUGCCUACAGUGCCAUCAACAAUUGGAGAAGAGAAACUAUACAAUCCUUUCAUGCGUGUCACUGAGCCAAAUGUCAUGAAACAUGUCCAGAAGGCUGAUGGGGUACAGACUAUGAAAGCCAUCCGUCUCGAGAAGGACCACUUUAAGUGAACUACUUCUUACUAAAUUAAACGACACACAUAUACUGGCACAAUAUGGAUUUGGUUAUAAUUUAUUUUAUUGGUUGAUGUUAAAAAUAAAUUUUUGUACAUAUUACAUAUAUACAAUACAGUA